AUGGACGGGAACCGAACAAAUGUGUUCCCAUCAUCCCUGGCUCCGGUCACAACCACUUCCCUUCGAAGGCUUCACAUAAAAGGGAACCUAGAAACGGAAGUCUUUCCGUUACUUUCCCACCUCAGAUUACCCUCUCUUAUAUCACUUGAGAUAAGUGGCUCUUCAACGGCCGAUUCUCAACAUGAUCUACCUAUCCUCAUGCAAACUCAAGCAACUUACAUUACAAUUUCCGGUUUACGACCUUCCCUCCCUCCUGAAAAUUCUAGAGUCAACUUCCUACCUCACUUGCCUCCACCUCAGGUUGACCAUGACUAA